AUGUUAACAGCAAGUGAGUACAGCAACAACGGCCGGCAGCAUCAGCCGGCAACAGGACCUGCUGAACUGAACUUGCCAAGAGUGCUGUGGAUCCUGUCUUCCACCUUAGAGAAGCUAGUGGCUCGCAAUGAAAAGCUUGUGGAUGAGCUGAACCAGCAACUAAAUAAACUGAGCUGUGACUCAGUAAGAUUAGGGAAGAGCUUGAAUGCCUUUCAUGGCGUCCGAGCACCAGGCAUAAGCAUACCUAAGUACCUGGAAAGAAUAUACAAAUACACUAAUUGUAGCCCAUCAUGUUUCGUUGUCGGCUAUGUGUAUAUAGACAUGCUGACUCAUAAGCACCCUGAUUCUCUAGUCUUAUCCUUGAAUGUUCACAGAUUGCUAGUUACCUCUGUCAUGGUUGCUUCCAAGAUGCUAGAUGAUGAACAUUAUAACAAUGCGGUAUAUGCUCGAGUAGGAGGGGUGAGCAACGCAGAAUUGAACAAGCUGGAAUUAGAGUUACUGUUUCUGUUGGAUUUUAAAGUUGUGGUUAGCUCUCGAGUUUUCGAGAGUUACUGUCUACACUUAGAAAAAGAGAUGCUUGUAAAUGGCACAGGCUUGAAGAUUGAAAGAACAUUGUCACCAAAGUCUUUUGAGACUGAAAUUUCAGUUGAAGAUAAGAAAAGCUCUUCCCCACCUCAAAUUGUGGAUUAUGGAUUGACAUAA